UGAUGUUGGUAUGGUAUGUUUUGUUGUGCAAAGGAGACUCGGUAGUGGACGGGUUCUGGCCACUACUGGCGUGGGGGGGAUCAUCUAGUUGAAACAAGGGAGUCGUAAACGAUACUCGUAGUCAGACACUGUUUGUUGCUUACGAUCAGGAUCAUCAGGUCACGUUAGCGUUUGUUUGGAGCUUCCUUUGGACUGAACCUUGUGGGUAGACCGUAGAGGUGGGUGGAAUGUGGCUGAGAUGGGAUGUAUUAGUUCUUGGAAGAGGAGCUGAGUGAGGGAUCGUGAGAUUGCGGCCGAGUCCCGACAGAGUUAUUAUUGGCAAAAUGGGACCUUUCUCUUGCCUCAUCAGUUCCUGGGUCUUGGGUAGGAUGACCUGGAGGGGAUGGAUGUACUCGGUAGGUAUCAAGAAUUGGUUCUUCCCAACUGCUGGGAUUUCUCUCGAGCGAAAAAUACCUGGACCCGGACCCGGUUUGAGAGAGGAUUGGAAACAACGUUAAUUAGUUUGACGGAGAUCAUCGAGGAGGCUGAUGUCAUGGUUCUUGUCUUUUUUUCCCAUGCGGAUGUAUUUUUGUAACAUGUUGAUUGUUGAAUACGUAGACGGGUUGUAUCUCGUGAUGGUUGAUAAAUUUAGGAUGGCGUUGUUGAGAAGUCGUAAUCCUAUCGUGGAAGAAUGCAGGCCUCGUAAUAAUGGUCGCUGGCUCGCUGGGUCAGACCGAGACGAGCGAGAAUAAUACGUCGCCUACUAGUAUCUGCACUCCGUACCACCUGUACCCUGUACACUAAUCAGCCUGCCGAACUGUUGUGCAUAGUGUAACUAGCGUACUGUACCUAGGUAGGUAGUUGAGGUUAAAGUAAGGUUAUAUCCUACCGGAUAAAUUAAUCACCUACUGGUUUUCUUUUGGCUCUUGAGUGUCCAAAUAUCCCCACCAUGAGGUAGCAUCCGAGCAUCGCGUAUCCCCUUCAAAUGCAUAAAUAAAUGCCAAGUACCUUCCGUAUCGAGGUCGGCAUCAUGACGUGAAAUCCCCAUACUUCGCACCGUAGGCCGUACAUACGGAGUACAUUGAUGCUGGUUGCAGAUUGGUCAAGACGUUCCAAUUCAGUGGGCAAUCCCCCACUCACCACCAAGUCUCCUCACUCCCCUCUCUCGUCUCCGUGAUUCCCCCCGUCGGGGCUGUAGGGACCCUGGAGGUCGUCAGCCAGUCAAUGGAGUCGGAAUCUCACGUUCACGGCGAAUGCAUAGCCUGCACGUCGCUCAUUCGUCAGAUGCUAUUUCAGGCCCUUCCAGCACAAGCCUCUGCUGGAUGCAACCAAGGAAGAAAAGCGGUCGUAUUAUGUAGGCGCUAGUCUCCUUCCGGCCUAGCUCACUCUUUUCUUAUCUGCCAAGCCGCACCCGGGUCCAGCCUUUUUGAGUUUUGCUUGUGAGAGGGCUGUACCUUGCGAGCCCAUCAAGCCCAUGAAGCCCAUCACAAGCAGGCCGGGCAAAAGCAGGCAACCGCACCAAGACCACCAGAGACCACUCAUCCCGGCUCAGCAACGAAAGAAAUCCCGAGCCUUCGCCAUCGUCUGCAAUCUACUCGUACAUUUCCUCAAGCUGCAACACAACAAACCACGGCCAACAGCCUCAGAACCGUAUAAUUCACUACACGACACUCGUUACAGUAUUACGCUCAUCACCACCAACCGACUCUCUCACCCAUACACCAUCAUCCCUCUUUAGUCCCCGCGACUCCUUACAUUCGUUUCCGCUUUCGACGUCAGACGGGUUCCCUUUCAAUGCAUUCGCCAUCGGCCACUUUACCCAACAAUUAGACAGUUCAACACCACCACCUCACCUCAAUUACGUGAAGGAUACAUCCAGUUGAAUUCCACGACCGCAUUCAACUCUUCAACUCAUCACAUCCAUGGGUAAAUGUACGUUGGGCCCCUCCUCGACCCCUUUCCACCACCCGCUCGAGGCCUGGAUGCUAACGAUGUUUGCUUUCAGGGCGAUGGGGUGUGAUCCUGGACGCGGGUUCGUCAGGAACUCGAGUCCACGUUUACAAAUGGCUCAACCACGCCAAAGCACUACACGAGGCCAAACCGGCCGAGCUGAAGAGUUUGCCACAGAUAGAGACCAAGAAACGAUAUACCAAGAAGAUCAAGCCAGGUGUGUCGACAUUUGGUGACCAUCCUCAAGAUGUAGGACCAGAUCAUUUGCAACAACUUCUCGACCAUGCAUUGGGUAUCGUUCCUGCCGAUCAAGUCAAGGACACGCCAAUAUUCUUGAUGGCGACGGCGGGAGUGCGGUUACUGGAGCCUAUGAAGCAGACGGCUCUGUUGAGUGAGAUUUGUUCCUAUGCCAAAGCACACUCCGAUUUUUCGUUGCCAGAUUGCGAUUUACAUAUUCAAGUAAUCCCCGGAGAGACGGAAGGACUGUACGGGUGGAUUGCGGCGAAUUACUUAUUAGGGGGGUUCGAUGCGCCUGAUAAGCAUGUACACGGGCAAGGACACCACACGUAUGGAUUUCUCGAUAUGGGGGGCGCUUCAGCACAAAUUGCCUUUGCCCCAAACAGUACAGAAGCAGAAAAGCAUGCCAAUGAUCUUAAAUUACUGCGGAUGCGUACCUUGAAUGGAGAAUCGACAGAGUACAAGGUAUUCACAACAACAUGGCUAGGAUUUGGAGUAAAUCAAGCAAGAGAGAGAUAUGUGGAGCAACUUAUGGAUGCGCAAUUUACCAAAUCACCCCACGAAACACCAGAUCCAUGUCUUCCAGCCGGACUAAUUACCACUCUCGAUGGAAAGCCUGUUCCAGAUAAUCAUGGCAAAGAACCAUUAUUGGUAGGAACUGGAAACUUUGUUGAGUGUACUGCUCGAACCUAUCCUUUACUCGACAAAGAUGCACCUUGCGCAGAUCAACCUUGUUUAUUACAUGGUCAACAUGUUCCUGCCAUCGAUUUCGACGUCAAUCACUUUGUAGGUGUCUCGGAGUACUGGCACACGACUCAUGAAGUAUUUGAAAUGGCACACAAGGACAAAACGUACAAUUUCGUCCAGUAUCAAAAAUUGGUAAAGGACUUUUGCGCGACAGAAUGGGAUGAUCUUGAGAGUGAGGUUGCAGAGAAGAAAUGGGGAAAGAAGGUCAACGAAAAGACAGCACAGGAAUUGUGCUUCAAGGCAGCUUGGUUGAUUAGUGUUCUUCACGAUGGUAUUGGGGUUCCAAGAUUGGAACUCGAUAAGGGAGUUUCUGGAAAGGGUUUCAACAAAACGAAGGAACUUGCAAGCCAUGCAAAAGACAAGACGUUUUUGGAUCCAUUUCAAGCUGUCGAUAAGAUCAAGGGUAUGGAAGUGAGUUGGACUUUGGGAAAGAUGGUAUUAUACGCAGCAGGACAAAUCCCACCCGCGACUCCCCAGGCUUUAGCGGUAGGAUUUGGAAGUAAUGAAGCGGGAAUACCAACCGAUUUUCAAGAAGCCGGAUCGAAUUCGAAACCGAUGCCCUUCGUGGAUGAGGACGAUAAUUGGUCAGAGGUUGCUGAAGAUUUAGCUGAAAAGGCCCAUCGCUCAACGCCCACUUUCUUAUUCAUCAUGAUCUUUUUAGUUUUCAUUGGUUACUUUUUCCGAAAACGAGAAAGGAGACUUCGUCUGUACCGAAAGGUUGAAUCCACCAUACGUCGGAACCGAGGACCUGGGAGUCCAAAGAGGAAAGGAAGCCGUGGAUUCUUUGGAACUGGGAAGCUUUUUGGUGGAAGAAGCUCUGCAAAUUAUGAGCGAGUUCUGGAAGAUGGUGAUGGAGCCAAUGAAUUCGAGCUCGGAGAUUUGGAGUCGGAUGAUAAUGAGCAUUCUGAUAGCAGUGGCAGCGAAGGUUCCCGUGUAGGGCGUGCCUCAGGACUAGCAACACCACGGUUGAAAGUCACGCAUUUUGAGUCUGUAGGAGCGACGAGUUACUUUGAUUCUGCGCCCAAAGCAUCAGGCGGACAAGGCAUUGGGUUGGGAUUGAAUGGCGGCAGUGCACUGCCCAAUGCUAUGGACCGAAGUGGAUUGGUCGUCCGAACCGAGAGUAGGGAGAGAUUAGUGCCGACUUUACAAAUGCUUGGGGCGGGGAGGAGGAGUAGAGCAGCUUCCCCGACGCGAAAACCGAGUCCACUCAUGACGCCUUUGGAGGAGGUAUGAGUUUGAGGGUAGAGGAUGCGCUUUCUUUCAUACGACUUCUCUUCGCAAACACCCUCGACGGACAAACCGAUUGUUUUUUCUCUGAACCGGUUAGGAUUCGGUAUCUUCUUUUCUUGCCACGCUACGAGACUUCCUAUCUUGUCUCGAGCUGCUGGCCCUAUUUUUCUCUAUACAUACAACAACAACACUUUCUUCACACCACACGGUUUCCACCCCAUUUACUUUUUUCCCGUACCCGAAAAAUGGGGUACACUUUAUUAAUACUGGUCUGGGUACAUAACUCACUGUUCUUCGUGGAUGGUACCCAGGCACUUGAACGAUUACACUUUUGGACGAUGGAGUUUUCGUUUUUACUUUUUGAUGGGACUAUUUUUGGCUUUCUGCUUUUUCUUGCCCUUUCUGCCUGGCGAGCGAAGAACUGGGGAUGGGAUGAACCUGUUCUUGCAUGGCGAUGAGGCUUGUCGUUCCCUUUUUAUUUUGAUUGAUUGCGCUGUCUUUGGAUGGUUUGAAUGACUUGCAUGGGG